AUGGCGCGGCUGCUCCCUUUCGUCAUGCUGCUGUCAGAGAGCUUGGCGUCGCCCAGUGAGUACUGGGCCUUGGCGUGCCUGGCUGUGCGGACGGCGCGGGCUCAGCAGGGCCUCGAAGCAGGCAGGAGACUGGGCGGGCGAACGCUCAGCACCAACGGCACAGAGGGCUCUGUGUGGUGUGGUAGGGAGAGGUACAACGGCGCGGCCGGGAACAUGUGGUAUGCGAACCCCUUCACCACGGCCUGUAGCAAGGCAUCCAUGGACAUGGCUUAUGCCUAUGGAGAUCAGGUGCUUUUUGCCAAAAAGGGAGACUUCAUCAAGAUGCAUUGCGACAAUUGGGAGUGCCCCAUUCCCCCUGUCGUGGACUGCUACUUUGACCGGAAUGCUUGUGGAGCGGAUGAGUGGUGCAUGGUCAUUACUCACGAGAAGUGGGGUGCCUGGGCCAUGGGGAAGAACGGGCACACCCCUAACUUUGAGCUCUGCGGCUCAAGUUACUAUGCGGACAUCGAGCAGAUAGCAUCCCAGAGCGAUGCGAGCAAUGCCACGGUUGCAGCAUUGAAGUUGACCCGAGACCGGAUUUGUGGAAGCACAACCGUAGGCGUGGCGAACGGUAUCCAGCUAAAGGGCUACUCGGAGGCAAAGAUUUGGAAGCCUUCGCACGGCCGAUGCGUCAAGUAUCGCCAGGAGGGCCAGAGCUGCAUCCCAACCCUGGCAACCCAGGGCCGCUUUGCCAAUGCCUUCGUCCGUAGGCAACAGACGGAGACGUCCUCGUACCCGAACGGGGGCACCAUGGAGCGGCCCUUGGCCUGUGCUCCUGGGUUGAUCUGCACCGGCCCAAGCUUCGAUGUGCUGCCCUCAACGUGCGUGAAGGAGCGGCCGAAGGAUGUCUGCUAUGCCGGGCCCUGGUGGGACAGCUCGCGGUGCCCACGAACCUCCCUACAACGGCCGGGCAUGGACCGGCAGUGGGCUCUGGAGUCCUUGCAGACGGCCUUUCUGCUCUUCGCUGGUGAGGUGGCACCUGCCAUGAGCUGCAAGUACUGGACGGGUCCACUGGCUCCCUUCACAGCCGAGGUGAGGAAGGUCACCCACAGCAUCUUCCAGGCACUCUGGCCGGAGCACCUCGUCGGAGAGUACCCCACGUUGCAGGAGCUUUACGCCGGCAUGUGGCGACAGGCAGGCGUGGACCUGGCUGCCCUGAGCCCCGAAGAGUGCGAGGCUGGUGAGAGCCGGGACGGCCACAUCGCGGAUGCGCUGGCCGUGGUGGGGUCGUGGACCAACCGUCCAAACCUCCUCUGGAGUCUCAUCCACUUUGUCAUGCACAAUCAGCCGUCACCUAUGUCCAGGAACGCUGUUGCUGCCUCGUCUGCCCUAGCAAGCCACCUCUCGGAGAAUUUCUGGUGUAACGACUGCCGUGGCUUCUUUACUGUUGGCGUGCUGUCAAUUGUCGGCCUGCCGCCCCAGAGCACAGACGGUGAAGCGCAUGCCAAGUAUUGGAAUCUUGGCCACAACAUCGCCUCGGAGCAUGUCGCAACCACCCGUGGCGGCCACCCAUGGAUCAACACGCUGGAGGCUGCUCAGGAGGAAAACGUGGGCAACCCCUUCUAUGUGCCCUACGAGACUUCCGUCGAGAUGUGGCAUGUGCCUUCCUGA